GCCCAACACGCGUAUCGUCAACUGUUCGCAACUGACACCAAAUUCUUGAGGUAUAUGUGCCACUUGGAUCACCACGAGAUAUAGCACUUUCCGAAUUUGGCGGGAAUCUUAAAAGUUCUCUCUUUCUCUCUCCCUUGAGUCUCUUUCCUCUUCCUGCGCCCUAGCUACACAUCCCCCUUCCAGACCAGUUUUCGAUUUUUACUCCAUUUUUUCUCACUUAUUGAUCGAAUUACAGAUCCUUAGGGUUUAAUGAGCAAUCGAUUUGCAACAUUCCUAGUGAACUAAAGCCAGAAGGGUAAGAUGAAGUCACCCAAAGUCUCUUCAGAUGAGGAAUUCAACCAAACCCCAUUCAUUCCACCGCAGACAAGGCGGAAGGGGAUAGGAACCAGGACAUGGCUUGUGAUCUCGGAGUUUGGGCAAUCUCACGUUGAGGAGGUUGGCAAGCAUGUUAUCAUGAAGAGGACGGGGCUCCCGGCUCGCGAUCUUAGGGUUCUUGAUCCGAUGCUUUCCUAUCCUUCCUCGAUUCUUGGAAGGGAGAGGGCGAUUGUCAUCAAUCUGGAACACAUCAAAGCAAUAAUCACAGCGACAGAGGUUUUCGUGCUUAAUUCUAAGGAUCCAAUUGUCGUUCCCUUCAUUCAGGAUCUUCAGAAACGUGUUUCAUAUUUUCAUGGGGCGCCUAAACAUGUGACAGAGAGCAGUGAUACUGAUCUGGAGGUUGCAGCCACAGCAUCAUCUGACACACCAUUAUUUCAUGUUCACAGUGUAUUAAUAAAGCCAUCCAGCCAGAAUAUUUCUGAGCAACUUCAUGAUUCACUUGGCAUCUCUGUGCCUCAUUCUGAAAUGAAAGACAGCAGUCCAAAGUCCACAACAGAUGCACCAGUAGGUGCUGGUACCAAGGUGUUACCAUUUGAGUUCAUAGCACUUGAAGCUUGCCUUGAAUCUGCUUGUAGGUGCCUUGAUUCUGAGACUUCCACAUUGGAGCAAGAGGCAUAUCCAGCUUUUGAUGAAUUAACAUCUAAAAUCAGCACUCUUAAUCUUGAACGUGUGAGACAACUAAAAAGUCGUCUAGUUGCAAUAUCUGGCCGUGUGCAGAAGGUGAGAGAUGAACUUGAACAUCUAUUGGAUGAUGACAAUGAUAUGGCUGAGAUGUAUUUGACAAAGAAACUUCUCCCUCAGCCAUUGGAACAAACCUCCCCAAGGGAAGAACAAGAUUAUGAUGCAUAUGACUUGAUGGAUGAAAGGGCUGAAGACUCUAGGACUGAAAAUGGCAGUGACAGCUCCUCUGGUUUUAAGCCAAACAUUGAAGAACUGGAGAUGCUUUUAGAAGCCUACUUUGCUCAAAUAGAUGGUGUUCUAAACAAACUAUCUACUAUGAGAGAAUAUGUGGAUGACACAGAGGACUAUGUGAACAUAAUGUUGGAUGACAAGCAGAAUCAGUUGUUGCAGAUGGGGGUAAUCCUCAGUACAGCAAACAUGGUUCUUAACAUAGGCAUUGUUAUUGUGGGUUUGUUUGGCAUGAAUAUUCACAUUGCCCUCUUUGAUGGUGAGCCCAAACAGUUCUGGGAAACUACCUUUGGUACCAUUGGAGGUUGUGUGGCUUUGUAUCUCAUAGCUUUCAGGUGGGGUAAGACCAAAGGACUGCUGGCAUAACAAACUUCUCUUGAUUAAAUAUCCUCAUUUAUGAGUUGAAUGAUCAAUCUAUUACUCGAAAUAAUUGGAAUCAA